AUGGAGAUUCCAUCCAUCAGUGGCACAUCUACGUCUUCUCAACUGGAUGCUACUCUUGAUACAAGUCCCUUGUUCUCUAGAACUGUACCAGCCACGGAUGGAGAUGCAUUGGCUGCUGCUGUCUACCUAAAGUCCCUCAAUGUCACACACGUUGGCUGCUUCUAUAUCAAUGAUGCAUGGGGUUUUGCCUAUCAAGCAGAUCUACAAAGGCAAGCUAGCAAGGCAGGAAUGAAGAUCAUCAGUGUGCCUUACUUACCUACCACAGACAGUGCUGGCCAGACCUACCCUGACAUUGAAGCUGCAAUGGAGAAAUUGGCACAACACGAUUUGAGAUACUAUGUAUUGCUCAUGUACUCGGGGCAUUGGAAACCAGUCUUUAGAGCAGCCAUUCAAAGAGGAAUCAUGGGAAUGCCAGGUUACACUUGGUUCCUGGCUGAUUCCAACUACUUCUUCAACAACGAAUUAGCUCUAGACAGAGAAACAGAGUCAGACUUGGCCCAAGGAUUGAAUGGAAUGGGAGUGCUCAACCUAGGUCUGGAACCACAUCCUUCUUUGACCGAUGCUAUGCAACAAUUCAGUUCCGACACAGCGCUGCAAGAAGAGUUUUACUCCAAACAAGCCUAUCCCGAGCGAUUCCAUAACCAAUCACAUUUUCAUCAACUUGUCACGGACGGAUAUCCUGGAGCGGAUCUAUACUUUCAGGCAAACUACCACGCUGUCAUGGCAUUGGGGCUGGCUGCUUGUCAAACUCCAGGGCUCUUUCGAGGGCCGGACUUGGAUCAAACUCUACGACAGCUCGAGUUCAAUGGAACCUCUGGAAUGGUUCGUUUUCAUCCCAUUACGGGAACUCGAUUGCCAACGUCGGUGCAGUACACCAUGACCUCCCUGGUACUUUCAGACGAAAAGUCAACAGAAACAGAAAUCAAACUGGAUCACUUUCUGGCAGCAACCAUACGAUCCAGCAGCACAAAUGACCAAAUGGUUGUAGUUCCCGCAGCAGGCAAUCCCUUUCGUUAUUCCGACAAUACCACCAUCCCGCCCAUGGCGCUGCCUCCCAUUGCCGGCGAACAUCUCAAGGUUAUUUCCUCUUCAGCUCAAGUGGUCGCAUGGAUCAUGGCAUCGGCCACGAUUGCUCUGGCCCUUGUCUUCCUCGGUGGGACUUGGUGCUACAAAAAUCGAACAGUAUUUCGAGCGGCGCAGCCGAUCUUCCUUGCCCAGCUGUGUGUGGGCAUCAUCAUCAUGGUGACCAGCGUCUAUCCCAUGAGCUACAAUGGUGUCCCGGAUCCUAAUGGUAAUGCAGGGGCGGACCUCGCUUGCAUGAUUACCCCGUGGUUGUUUGUCGUGGGAUACACCAUUGCCAUCUCGGCGUUGAUGGCCAAAGCUUGGCGAUUGAGCAAACUGAUACUUUCUGGGAGGGGAAUGAAAAGAAUCACCGUACACGCCCAAGAUGUGCUGCUGCCAUUCAUGCUGCUCAUGACGCUCAAUGUAGGAAUUCUUACGGCAUGGACUGUGGUGGCACCGUUGACUUACCAACGAGUAUGGCUUGAGGACCAUAUCGACUUUUACGGUCGUCGUGUCGAGUCCUACGCUAUAUGCCAGACCGAACAACAAUCCACUGGGCGCGGCGAUGACGACAGCAGCAGCAGUGUCUCAUCUUCGGGUCCUUUUCUGAUUUCACUGGCGGUAUUGAAUUUAGGUGCCGUGUUCGUAGCUCUCUACCAAUGUUACGUUGCCAGGGCACUCCCCACGAGCUUCUCCGAAUCCAAGUACCUAACGCUGUCAAUCGCCAGUAUCUUUGAGACUCUGUGCAUCGGAGCUCCCUUUUUGUUUCUGGUUCCCACCGACACGGAUCCCUCGGCUCACUUUUCCAUCCAAUCGAGUCUUGUCUGCAUAAUUGGAACGACUAUUCUCUUGCUUCUAUUUCUGCCCAAGUUCAGCGAACGAAAUCAAGCACUAGGUGGUGCUGCCGCCAGUGGACCCUCAGGUCGAGCACAAACGGCAAUGAUCUCAAAUGCGUCCCUUCACAGCACAAGAUCCUACAACAACAAGAGUCAUCGUAUCAGCGGUCUCAACGGUCUCGGCAACUCUCGUGCGGUCGAUCGCUCUGGGCUUGACAGCGGAAGUGUAAGAGGUUCUGCCCAUUCCUUAUUCGAAGACGAAAGAUAUCUUCCGCAGGGCUUCAUGAUGAUUCAUAGAACGUAA